AUAAUAUGGGCAACUCAAUUAGUAAACGUAUUUUUUCUUGUAUUAGUAUUUAUUUUGAUUUGUUGUCAAAUUACAAAUAUAUAAAUCAAAAUUUUAAGUUCUAGAUAAUUAAAUUAGAAUUCACUUUUUAGUUUUGCAAAAACCCAACUUCAAUGAAUUGUCAUGUUGGUUUUAAGUUAGUUUCAUUCGAGAGUUGUAAGGAAUGUUAUCUUGUGAAGUAUUAAGGAUUGUUUUCCUGUGCCUGACAGUUUCUUCUGCUGAGACCUAUGAGACGCAUGCGAAAAUAGUUGGCGGCUAUUUGGUAAAUAUUACUGAUGCGCCCUAUAUGGUCUCCAUACGCAUCCGAGCCUUUCAUGAAGAAAAGUUUGGCUUAGGUCAUAUCUGCGGUGGUACGGUAAUAUCGCAGCGUGUGAUUUGCACAGCGGCCCAUUGCUUUGCCAUAAAUGAUACGCACCCGGUCCAAUAUAGGGGACCGGAGCACUAUGUUGUUGUGGCCGGUAGCAGAAUGCUCGAUCAGGUGGAGACCUUAACUCAGGUGUAUUUGGUACAAGAGAUAAUCGGACAUGAUCUUUUUCAUCCGCUGACGCUUGAGAACGAUAUAGCGCUGAUGUUCCUCAAUAGCCUAAUACCAUAUCAAUAUCUUACAAUUCGAUCAUUGCCACUGACUGAGAAACCAUAUCCCGAAAACACCAAGUGCUUCAUCAGCGGCUGGGGCAACAAUGCCAGGGAGCUUCGACAGGCAGUGGUGCCGAUUGUGCAUGACGUUAUGUGCAAUCUCAUCUAUAUAUACAUGCCCCAAUCGCAGCUCUGCGCCGGCUGGCUGCAAGGCGGUAUCGAUGCCUGCAAAGGGGAUUCGGGUGGACCACUCGUUUGCCAAGACACCCUGGCGGGCAUCAUCUCGUGGGGAGUGGAUUGCGGUCGCUUUUUUUUCCCCGGUGUCUAUACCAAUGUUUCUCACUUUGUCGACUGGAUCAAGUGGGCCAACGCCUCACUGGACUAUUCAAAGUACACGCAAAUGCGAUGGCUAUCCAACAAUUGCCACCAUUUGCAUUUCAAUUUAAAAGUUUUCUACAGCGUUGUACUUUUUUUUAUUUAUCAUCCGUCUAGAUUUAAUUGAAUUCUAUUUAUAUAUGCUUUUUAUAAUAUACUCAAGUAGAAUCUACGUAAAUAUAAACAAUGAACCAUAA